GACACUAGUGUGAUUACAGACGGCUCACACUUCUUCUCUUCGUGACUGCGGAGGGACCUCGACACGUGUGGACGUCAGCGUUUGAAAUCUUUUUCUUUUCGCCUGUCAUCAUGCGCUGGCUGCUGGCUGGAUGCUGUGCAAUGGCUUUGAUCGGUCUCUCAGCGGCUCUAAACCACCAGGUUACCCAGAUGCCCCGGUUCUACGGUGUAAAAUUCAACCGCAACGUAGGAAUUUACUGUUCCUCAAAGCCACCUCUGCCAGCCACCGUGCACUGGUACAAGGCCGAUACACACGACGGGGAUCCUAAAGACAGAUCCGAGGUAAAGGGAGCAAGGUUUCAAUUCCAUGACCGGAAUCAAACCAAAAACUCCCUUCUCUACAUCGAGAAGGUGAAAGCACAGGACAACGGACUGUACUUCUGCAAGAUAAACGACACGUGGGGGUCUGGAACUCAAGUUCUCGCCAUCAAGGUCACAGACGUUUCCCAGGCACUGCAACGGACCACGAUCAAGGACGUUCUCAUCAUCUUCCAGGGCCUCCUGCUGGCUGCUGCUGUCGCUAUUCUGAUGCUGCGCAGAAAGAUGGUGUCAGAGAAGACGGACAUCAUAUAUGAGGAGCCUGACACUGAUCACAUCUAUGAGGGUUUGGCGAUCGAGAGGUGUGACGCAGGACUGUAUGAGGAACUGUCGGUGUACGCCCAGACUGACGGAGCCGAAGCCCCAUGGGAGUGAGACUGACGUCGCUGAACCUACGAACAGUUUCACCAAACAAGUUCUGAUCGUACAUUCUUAGUUGUUGAUUGUGAAUUGAUAAUAAUGACAGAGGAAUCGUUUCAGGUUGUCCGUCCAUCCGUCCCUUUUCUGUGAACACGAUAUCUCAAGAACGGCUUCAGGGAAUUUCUUCAAAUUUAGUAAAAAUGUUAAGUUGAACUCAAGGAUUGACUGAUUAGAAUUUGGGGGUCAAAGGUCACGGUCACCUCAUGUUAUUGUGAAUGCAAUAUGUCAUGAACAGCUUGAGGGAAGGGGGAGGUUGUUGUUUGUUUGUUUUUUUUACACAAGUUGAGUUGUGUAUUAUUUCUUGAUGUCUCUUCUGACUUCAUCGUUCAGAGCAUGUACGAACAAACUCCCAGCUGAAAUCCCCACGAGAGAAAAUGUCCCAGAUAUGUUGUGGGUGUCGGAGCCUGAACGAGAAACUUGCUUUAGUUACAGGAGCAAAGGUUUUAAACAAAUUUACAUUUUGUGUUGUUUUUUUAAAAUGUUCAUUAUCUUUUAUAGUUAAUCGUUUCAACAAAGUAUCUCCAUGUUACACAGUAAAGAAAACAUACUCAAUGUGCAGAAAGUCAACCAACUAAAAAAACUCUUUCUUAAUCUGAUGGACUGAUCUGAAGUUGGAAAAACUUCAAACAUUUCAGUGUGUGAUCUUUGCUGAUAUUUAGAAAUGCAUAUAUGCAAUAAUAAAAAAUAAUUAUUAUUUGCAUUGUGUUUGUUGAUGCAAUGAGAAUAAAAA